AUGGAAAUGGAGUUUUCGGCGCCAGCCAAGCCUAAACAAGGACAACAGUCUAGGGAAAACUUCAGGGAUUCGCCUUUUGACGUCACACAAGGAGGUCUAUUGUGGAAGUGCGAGGACCGCGCUGAUUCAUUUAUUUGCGCUAAUCAAUAUGAUGUUGAAACCCGUGUUAAGGAACAGGUUCAGGUUGCUAUUUCUGAUCCAAAAGCCAUGUUCAAGUCACUAACUCUAAACUUUUUAAAGUCAGUUGAAUCCAAACUUCAGCCUGCUUUGGCCAAACAACAACCUGGUUCUUCUGCUACAAAGAAGCUCAAUUACGCCCAAAUUGCCCGUAAUAAUGCUCAGCCUGGAAUAAUAAUCAAAGCAGAGGAUAAUAAGCAAGAGUGUUCCAGAACUAAAUCAGAUGUGGUAAGAGAAAUAUGUCGUGCUGAUUCUAACAUCCAGUUGUCCCAAUUAAGAACGGUCAAGAAGGGUGGGUUGUAA